AUGUCUGAUAUCGAAACUAAUCAAGGAGUGAAACGACGGCCGACGGGACACAUGCCAUUGCAUCCAACUAAAUCAAAUUUCUCUUCUGCAGAAUGGUACGCACAGAAGGUUGUCAACUACUCGCGGCUCGAUGCUGGCGACGAGUACCUGUCGGGAAGUCACUACACUCGCCUUGGCAAACAUCUACUGUCUCCUUAUCAAAGAUACGAUGACGACUGCUCUGUCUCGAUCGAUCACCAACAAUUCCAGACAGUCUCAGUGUGUGAUAUGGCUAGGAAACAUGAUGAUCCAUUACGCACAUGCCAUUUCUCACAGCCGGAAGAAUUCAUGAAGCAUAUGGAUGGAGAGCAACCCUUCAACGCGGAUACAGCAUCACAAGCCGGACUUCGAGACCAUGGCGAUAUCGAUGAUUCAGCAGGGAGCGCAACAGAGUAUAGCUCCACUCUUGAUGCUGAUCCAGAACUUUUCUAUCGACAUUUGAAUGUUCCAGUCGGACUCCGGCUCCGCCGAUUCAUUCUGCACAACUUGCAUACCUUUUCCAUCCAGCAGACGAUUUCAAUCGAAGUAAUCAACCACACGAAGAUAUGGAGCAUCGUCGUAUUGAUGGACCCCGGAAAAGACCUCAGCCAAUGCAGCAGCGGUCCAUGGCUGAACGGAUCUGCAUCCACUAAUAAUACAAGGUUGCUCCCUGUCUUCCAGCACCGCAGUCGCAUGGCACUGUAUCCGGCCUCCGGGACUGCCCAGCCAUCAUCCGCGCGACAUCAAAAGCCGCAGGCACCGGACGAGGAGCCCUCAUUACCACAAAGCAUUGGUCACAUUCACCAAAAAUACGGAAGAUUUCUGAAGACGGAUAUCAUGGCACAUGACGCCUUCUACGCGUUGAAUGAGCUGUUCGAGUUCUCCGCGGCCUCGAUCGACCAGCUGUUCGAGCUUUUCGAGGAAAACGUUCUCGCCUUGUCACAGCAUGCAGAUCCAGCGAAUCUUUCCGAGCUCUUGAUUUUGCAUGACCAAGUGGACAACUACAAAAGCUAUGUCAAAGAGACUUUGGAAAUAGUGAGGGCUCGUGGGGGUCCUACGUGGCCCCGCGCAAAUGAGCCCGACCAUCAACGGAAGGCUGGUCGCGCGGCCUCAAUAUUACAGUCAAGGUAUGAGCGUCUUCUCAGACGCUCUGAACGCCUCUCGGAACAGUGUUCCAGCAGAAUCAACAUCACUCUGAACUUUCGGGCCCAAGAUCAGACUGAGAAGGCCAUGAAACAGGCUGAUAGGCUGGGCAAGCUGAGCUUUUUGGCGUACAUCUACAUCCCGAUAACUUUCGCGGCGUCUUUCUACGCGGGGAAAGCGGAGAAAGUGAGUGAGGAGGAAAAUGAGGCUCAAGUGCUCUCAAUGCCGUCAAUAUGCGCCGAGCCUCACUUCAUACUGGCCUUUUGUGGAAGAUGUAAGACUUCAUCAGGCCCCCUGGAGCACUUGAAAAACAUGGACAACUACCAGCAACCCACUCCUACUACCGCUCCGGUCGGAGUUUCGGACAUUCACAACUCGUCCCCUACCAAGACUCAGCCUUGGAUGCAGCAGACUAGCGGCAUCCCUCAAAAGGCGACCAUUUGUGGAGGUACUCCUGACCAGGUCUCUGACAGCACCCACGGUAUCCCACAAGGACAGUGGCUGAUCAUGGGAAAUGCACCCAUUGGAUUGAGGCCGAGCUUGGAUGUUUGA